UGAUAACCAGGAGUGAGUGUCCAGCCCUGGGAGUCCAGUUGGGUCUGUCAGCGCUGUACAUCUGGGAAUCAGAGACACACACACACACACACACACACACACAGUGAAUCUUGCUUUGGAAAGGGUUUCCCCCCCUUUAUCUCACUCUCUCUGUCUGUCCGGUUUGCCGCGAUGUUUCAGAGACUGUGGUCGUGGACGUUGUACCUUUUCGGGCUCACCCUGCAGGCUCUCUGGGAUUGUGAAUAUGAUGACAAAGUAGCUGCUGGAAAUCUCAACAAGACCCAGUACUCUGGCAAAUGGUACUUCAUUAUGAUGGCAGCGGACUCGGAUGCCUCACUGAUCAAGUUCAGGCCCAUGGACAGCAACGUUUUCCAGCUCACACCCAUGGAGGACCAGCAGAAGCUCCUCCUCCGAGGAGAGAUCCGUCUCAGCCAAUCAAUGAAGUGUUUGUCUCGACAGUGGAUCUACCACAUCAACAACAAGACACAGGAGAUGAUCCUGGAAGGCCGGCCUUAUCUGAAGACGGAGAUCUUUGUGAAGGAGGAUGAUGACUACAUUGUGCUUUUGGAAUCACAAGAUAAAGGAUCAGAGCAUUUCCGAAGGCUGAUGCUUUAUGGAAGAUCUCCAACCUUAAGUGAUUUUUCCCGCCUGAAGUUUGAACACCGUGCCAAUUGCUUGAACCUAACUGCCAUUCUUGUUCUGGAACAGGCCCAAGAGCCUUGUGAGAUUUCUUGAAUUAGAAUUUCCAAACUGCAUGACCUUGUAAACCAGGACCACGAGGGCACAACUCCUGAACUGCCUCCUCUGCACUUGUUAUUGGCUUGCCUUUUUGUGGAACAUUGGAUGUAACCAUCUUGUUUGCUGAUGAUUAACUUGAUUGUUUUACAAUUCAGUUUGGUUACCUUUGGAAAACCAAAAAGGAAAUGCCCCUCUGAAGGGGAAGGAGGGUAUAAGUGUGAAAGAAGAAACCAGCCCCCAUUAUUUACUGUAGGGUUUCUUCAAUAAGAUUUAUUUAUCGCUUUUCACUUGCCGAAAGGGGGCUACAAAAGGGGGCGACCGCAGAUGGUCUCAAAGCACUUUGCAUACAGCGCCAUAGGACCAGGAGGCAGCCAUUUUGAGUCUGCUCUGCCAUUCAGUGAAGUCUUCGCUACUCUUGUACCUCACCUCCACUAUGCCGCUCCCUGUUCUUACCCGCCCUCCCCACAUCCAAAGUCCAGAGAGGUACUGGUUAGGUGCAAAGUUUCAAUUCUUUUGACCCCGUUUUCUUUUGCUGCUCCCUAAAUGCUGAGGCACUUCUUCCUGUUCCAAACCAAGUUGGAUUAUCUGAAUGCAGUGGAGAUUGGACAUUUGAGCUCUGAGUAAAACACACCCAUAAUUGAAACAACCAAUGCUUUUUGUUCAAUUUAAUGUCUCUUAAUUUAUGCUCAUGAAUGCAAAAAUCAGGUGUGUUCUUUAAUGGGUGUGUGAAUAAGAGAGUAUUUUCCUGUGUUUACUGCACCCAGGCACUGGAACAGUUUGCUUCAAAACCUGAUUUCAUUUUUUUUGGGUAUCUGAAUAAAAAUCCAAUAUCUAGAAAUGUGCAACCCAUUAAGAAGUGUAGAGAAUCAAAAUGUUGAACAUCAGACAUUACUAGUGGUAACUGUGCGCUUCUGUGUUUGUGUAUUAUAUAUAUAAACGGACAACGAAUAAAGGUCUUCUGUCUGUAUUGGAAGGUUGUGGAAUAUUGUGGAUACUCAAUGCACACCAACAACACAAUGAUAUAGCUCCGAUUGUAUACAAUAUUGCCAAGAAGAAUUAAGGACUGGAACAACUUUUCACAAACUGUCAUCUCUAUGUCCUUGAAGGACUCAUUUAACAAGAAUGUGUUAAAACCUUUCUUUUCCCAAUAAAUGCGACCAAUGAGA